AUGUCAAGAGAAUAUGAAUUAAACAAUUUACCAAAUUUAGAUAGUGGUGGGGAUUAUGGUGGAGAUAAUAACAAUAAUAAUAAUAAUAAUAAUAAUAUUGUAGGCGCAAAUUUAAGUGAUUCAAAUGAAAGCAAUGAUGAAUUACCAAUCACAGUUUCAAGAGGUUUGGAUAAUUUUAAUAAGGUUGCAGACGAACUUGAAAAGGAAUAUAAGGAUUAUGUUACCCACGAACAUGCAUUAAAGGAUAUUGAAGCAACCUAUGAGGAGACUGAGGAAGAUUUCAAGUUACGUAAUUAUUUCGAAAAUUCCCAGCGUAUGGCACUCGAAAAUGGGGGUAAACCUAAAAAGAUGGGUGUUAUCUUCAAGAACCUUACUGUUGUUGGUAAAGGUGCCGAUGCUUCUAUUAUUUCAGAUUUAUCAACUCCUUUUAUUGAAUUAUUUUCAUUAUUAAAUCCAAAGAAAUGGAAAUCCAAUACAUCAACAUUCGAUAUUUUACAUGAUGUUACCGGAUUUUGUAAGGAUGGCCAAAUGUUAUUAGUCCUUGGUAGACCAGGUUCAGGAUGCAGUACUUUGCUUCGUGUAAUUUGUAACCAAAGAGAAUCCUAUGUUAAAGUAACUGGUGAUGUUACAUACGGUGGAAUUCCAGCAACAGAAUGGGGUCGUUAUAAAGGUGAAGCUAUUUAUAUCCCAGAAGAAGAUAGUCAUUACCCAACACUCACCGUUCGUGAAACUUUAGAUUUUGCACUUAAAUGUAAAACACCAUCAAAUCGUUUACCUGAAGAGAAGAAGCGUACCUUCAGAAGUAAAAUCUUUAGUUUAUUAUUAUCAAUGUUUGGUAUUGUUCAUCAAGCUGAUACCAUGGUUGGUAAUGAAUUUGUAAGAGGUUUAUCAGGUGGUGAAAGAAAAAGAAUUACCAUUGCAGAAUCUAUGGUUGCAGCAUCAUCAAUUAAUUGUUAUGAUUGCUCCACUAGAGGUUUAGAUGCAGCAUCAGCUUUUGAUUAUGCUAAAUCUAUUCGUAUUAUGUCUGAUUCAUUACACAAAACUACAGUUGCAACCUUUUAUCAAGCAUCUGACUCAAUUUUCAAUUUAUUUGAUAAAGUCCUAAUUUUAGAAAAAGGUCGUUGUAUUUAUUUUGGUCCAACUAGUAUGGCCAAAGAAUACUUUUUAAAUUUAGGUUUCCAUUGUGAGGCAAGAAAAUCAACACCAGACUUUUUAACAGGUGUUACAAAUCCACAAGAAAGAAAGAUUCAAGAAGGUUUUGAGGGCAGAGUUCCAGAAACUUCAGCUGAUUUUGAAACCGCUUGGAAAAACUCAGCAUUAUAUCAACAACAACUCGAAGAGCUCGAAGUUUAUGAAAAGAAAGUUGAAAUCGAGCAACCAAAAAAUAAUUUCAUUCAAGAGGUUCGUUCACAAAAGAGUAAAACAACAUCAAAGAAAUCUGCUUAUACUACCGGUUUCUGGGCUCAAGUUCUUGCUCUUACUAUUCGUAAUUAUCAAAUUAUUUGGGGCGACAAAUUCUCAUUAAUUUCUCGUUAUUUCUCAACUAUUAUCCAAGCUAUUCUCUAUGGAACCUUAUUCUUUAAAAUGACAAAUACUACCUUAGAUGACGCUUAUAAUAGAGGAGGUGCUCUUUUUUGUACCAUUCUUUUCAAUGCAUUAUUAUCUGAACAAGAAUUACCAAUAGCAUUUUAUGGUCGUAGAAUUAUUCAAAAACAACGUAGUUAUGCAAUGUAUAGACCAUCUGCUCUACAUCUUGCUCAAGUCGCUACAGAUAUACCAGUUAUCUUUGUUCAAGUGUUCCUCUUUUCAUUCAUUGUCUAUUUUAUGUAUGGUUUGGAGCUCAGCGGAUCAAAAUUCUUUAUAUUUGUAUUCACUUUAAUUGGUUUCAGCUUAUGCUUCAACAAUCUUUACCGUCUUUGGGGCAACUUUACACCAUCAGUCUAUAUCGCUCAAAAUAUUAUGAAUGUGUUGGUUAUUACUCAAUUCACUUAUUCUGGAUAUUAUAUUCCAUACGAAAAGAUGAAUAGAUCACUUCAAUGGUACUACUGGGCUAAUCCAAUCACAUACGCCUAUAAAGCAUUAAUGGCAAAUGAAUUUGCUGAUAUGAAGUUUGAUUGCUUAGAAAUGAUUCCAUACAGCAACGAGGUAAACUCUACAACUUAUAGUGAUCCAGCUUAUAGAGCAUGUCCAACUAUUGCCGCCGAUCCAGGUCAAAACUCUUUCUAUGGUUCAUCCUAUUUAUCAAAAGUUAUGGAUCUAAAAUCAAAUGAUUUGGCUCUUAAUGUUUGUGUUGUUUAUCUUUUCUGGGUACUUUUCAUUGUUAUCAAUUGUAUUGUAAUGGAGUUCUUCGAUUGGACCAGCGGUGGUUAUACAUCUAAGGUAUAUAAAAGAGGUAAAGCACCAAAAAUGAAUGAUGUAGACGAAGAAAAAAGACAAAAUGAAAUGGUUGCAAAUGCUACAAGUAAUAUGAAGGAAACUCUCAAAAUGCCAGGUGGUAUUUUUACAUGGCAAAAUAUUAACUAUACCGUUCCAGUUCCAGGGGGUACAAGAUUAUUAUUGGAUAAUGUCGAAGGUUGGAUCAAGCCAGGUCAAAUGACUGCAUUGAUGGGUUCAUCAGGUGCUGGUAAAACUACUUUACUCGAUGUUUUAGCUAAAAGAAAAACAAUUGGUGAAGUUAAAGGUAAAUGUUACCUUAAUGGUAAAGCUUUAGAAAUGGAUUUUGAACGUAUUACUGGUUAUGUUGAACAAAUGGAUGUUCAUAAUCCUGGUUUAACUGUUCGUGAAGCCCUUAGAUUCUCAGCUAAACUUCGUCAAGAGCCACAUAUUCCAUUAGAAGAAAAGUUUGCUUAUGUAGAACAAGUUUUAGAAAUGAUGGAAAUGAAACAUUUAGGUGACGCUUUAAUUGGUGAUUUAGAAACUGGUGUUGGUAUCUCAGUUGAGGAAAGAAAACGUUUAACUAUUGGUGUAGAAUUAGUUUCUAAACCUCAUAUUCUUUUCCUUGAUGAACCAACAUCUGGUUUAGAUGCCCAAAGUUCUUACAAUAUCAUCAAAUUUAUUCGUAAACUUGCAGAUGCUGGAAUGCCAUUGGUUUGUACAAUCCAUCAACCAUCAAGUGUAUUGUUUGAACAUUUUGACCGUAUUUUACUUUUAGCAAAAGGUGGUAAAACUGUUUAUUUUGGUGAUAUUGGCGAAAAAUCAAGUGUUCUUUUAUCAUAUUUUGAACGUAAUGGUUGCAGACCAUGUAGCGAAAAAGAAAAUCCAGCUGAAUAUAUGUUGGAGUGUAUUGGUGCAGGUGUUCAUGGAAAAAGCGAUAAAAAUUGGCCAGAGUUAUGGAAGGAAUCCAAUGAAUAUAGAGAAAUCGAAAAUGAAUUACUUUCCCUUGAAGCUGCUGGCCCAAUUAAAGGUCAUGUAGAUAAUGGCAAACCACGUGAAUUUGCCACUUCACUCUUUUUCCAAACCUGGGAAGUUUAUAAACGUCUUAACCUCAUUUGGUGGAGAGAUCCAUUCUAUACUUAUGGUACUUUAAUCCAGUGUGCAUUGGUUGGUUUGAUGACAGGUUUUACUUUUUGGAAUUUAGGUAAUUCAUCAACAGAUAUGAAUCAACGUGUUUUCUUUGUAUUUGAAGCAAUUAUUCUUGGCAUUUUAUUUAUGUUUUUAGUUUUACCACAAUUUAUUACCCAAAAAGAAUACUUUAAACGUGAUUAUGCAAGCAAGUUUUAUUCAUGGCUCCCAUUCGCUGUUAGUAUUGUCGUUGUCGAAUUACCAUUUGUUUUAGUAUCUGGAACUAUUUUCUUCUUUACAUCAUUCUGGACUGCUGGAUUAGAGAGUAGCAAUUCAAAUAACUUUUAUUUCUGGUUAAUGUUCAUCAUGUUUAUUUUCUUCUGCGUUUCAUUUGGUCAAGCUGUUGGUGCCGUAUGUUUUAAUCUUACAUUUGCUCUUAAUGUGUUACCAAUUUUAAUUGUAUUCUUUUUCCUCUUCUGUGGUCUUAUGGUCCGUCCUGAUGAUAUACCAAUGUUUUAUCGUGAAUGGAUAUACAAACUUAACCCAUGCACAUACUUACUUGAAGGUCUAAUUACAAAUGUAUUAAAUCAUGUCAAUGUCAAAUGUUCUUUAGACGAUUUAGUAAAGUUCACAAAGUCACCUUUAUAUUCAACAUGUGAAGAAUAUGCAUUCGAAUUUAUCAAUGGUACAACUAAAGGUACAGGUUAUGUCGAAACAAUCAACGAAUUAACAAACGAAUGUGGUUAUUGUGCAUAUAAAAGUGGUCCAGAAUAUUUCGAAAAUCAUUUAGGUUGGUCAUACUCCAACAGAUGGCGUAACUUUGUCUUAUCAAAUUCAAAAAAUCUAGAUCAAAAAAAUGAAGGUUCAAUAACUGAAAUCGAUGAGUUUAAAAGUGAUGGAUUUGAAAAGGUAAUAAAGAUAGUGGCUCCAAUAAUAAUAUUAGUUUUAUUUCUAUUUACAAUGGUUUCAAUAAUUUUAAUUAAAAGAAAACAAUUUCAAUCUAUAAAAGAUCAAAUUACCGAUAUCAAAAAAAUCCAAGAUGAUAAUAGCUUUAAUGAAGAUUGUGAAAGUGCAAAGUGUGAAAUAAUGACAAUAAAAAGUUGUUCAUCCUAUUAA